AUGAAGGUAUGGGAAGAGGAUGAUGUAACUGAAGAGAAUGCAGCUGGAGUUGAUGCUGGUGAAAAGAUUGCUGACAAGAAGAAGAGUGAUCAGAAAAAGGACACUGAAAAGGCUUCAUCUGAAAUUCCAGGUUUGGAUGAUAUACCAGAUAUGAACUUUUACGAUGACAAAAUAUUAAAGAUAAUGGAAGAAAAGAUCAAGAAGCUAGAAGAUAAAGUGAAGUGUCUGGAAGCUGAGAAUGUGGUUUUGAAUGAUAGAGUUCAAAUAUUAGAAACAAAGAAUGUGCAGCUGACGACAUCAAACACAAUGCUUCUUGAAGAGAACGAACAGUUGAAGAAGAUUGUUGAUGAUCACGAGGAAGAUCGGAAGCUGAGAGAUAAAAAGAUGGAUAUGUUGUUUGCCAUGUUUGAAAGUAAAUUUGGUGUUAGUGUGGAGGAGGAGUUUAAUCAGAUCGAGAUUCGUAAAGUUGAAGCUCGAAGAAAAGACAAAUCUAAGGUUGAUGAUAUUCCUAACAUCACUAAAUUCGUCUGUAUUGGUCAACAAGUGACAGUGGCGUACAGUGAAGAAGAAACGGAAAGGUUGGAUGAAGUUGAGAGGCGAAGGAAUAAAGAUAAGAAAGAUGAUAAUGAAGACGAAGAUGAAGAACUUAAAGAUGUUGAUGAUCCUGUUAAUGUUGAUGAUAAUUCAGAUGAUGAUCAUGAUAGUGAUGAUGAUAACGAUCAGGGUGGAAUUGGUUUUCAGAUUGUGAGUAGGAAAGAAGAUUGUGAGUAG